AAUACAUCUUUUGAAUCUGUGAAGAGUAUACUUUUAUUUGUGUGCACUCGUAAUAACAACAAAACAUUGUGCUUUUAUAAAAUAAUGAAAGCAAACAGGGUGCGUCAUCAAUUUCAUCACUGAAGCUAAAAAUUCAGAAAACACUUGUUUAUCAAUUAAUUAUUAAAAUCUUAAAGCAAUCUCCUUGCUGUUUUUCCUCGACGCACUCAUAAUCAUUACUUCUGCCGGUGCACUGUGGCAAGCUUUAUGCGUGUGCUUGAAUGCUGAUUAGGAUAUGAAGGCAUUAAAGGCUCUUUAUUAUGAUUUGGCUUAUUAAUAAACGUGCGAUUAGUCGACUAUUCACUUUAAAUGAACGACUACUAGUUGACCAGAAAAAUCUUUAGUCGAGGGCAGUCCUACAUUGGUAGUAUCAUCAGAAAACUUUAAUAUGGAAUUGGAAGAAUGGAUUGGAGUGCAGUCAUGAGUGAAUAAGGCUGGGAUGAACAUGCAUCCCUGUGGAAUGCCUGUGUUCAGGAUGGGUGUUGAAGAGGUGCAAUCACCUAUUUUGACAUUCUGGGACUUAUUGGUAAGAAAGUCCAUAAUCCAUGAACAAAGUGCUGCAUCUAUUCCCAAAUUGCUUAAUUUACAUACAAGCUUGUAAGGAGUGACAGUAUUAAAAGCAGAACUAAAAUCAAUAAACAGCAUCCUAACAUAACUUUUCAGCUGCUCUAAAUGUGUCAGAGCUGUGUGAAGUGCAACUGAGACAGCAUCAUCUGUAGAUCUAUCACAUGUUCACAUAAUUCAUGAACUCAAACCAGCUGAAUUUGUCCAUCAUUUGAAAUGUAGCUGUGGCAGAAAUAGGGAGGGAUAGAGUUAUACAGUAACUCCACCUCUUAUUUAACGCCCAGCAUCUCUCUCUCUGCCUCCCACCCCUACAGCAUCUCAGCUCUUUAAAAGCAGCCCAUGUUGCAUUUCUGGGCAAUUUUUAUCUAAUUACUGUCUUUAGAUACCUGAUGUCUCUUGAUCAUCCACACUACUACCUCCAUUGAAUUUCAAAGAGGAACAUCAAAGAGAACUGGAAGAGAGAAGACCAUUUACUGAAGAAGAAAAAAAAGCUCUUGAUCUGCUGAGGUUUUCUGAAUUGGACGAAGAUGGUUUCUUUUCCUUAUUUAUUUACCCUUUUGGUUACCAUUCAACUCAGCUUAUUUGGCUCCAACUCCUUUGUAUUAGGCUUGAGGAAGUUCUGCUCAUUGUGUAACGGGCCCUCAGGGGACCUCAAGGGCCACAGAGCUGAACAUUUAUCCGGGGAGGAGAUCACAUCCAUGUUGGCAUUAGAUGAACCCUGUGGGGUUUACACCCUACCGUGUGCUCAGGGUCUUCGGUGUUUCCCUCCUCUUGGGGACCAAAGCCCCCUUCAGGCACUGCUUCAGGGACGAGGGGUCUGCAAAAACAUCAAAAGUACCAUUACUGACAUCCCUCCACCUACAGACUAUCAACCAUCAACCACUGAGAACAAUGAAAAGGGUCCUUGUCGCAAACUGCUAAACACAGUCCUCCAAAGUAUUGAGCUCACAAUCAUUCAUUCAAUUCAGGACAUCUACAUCCCCAACUGUGACAGACAAGGGUCCUUCAGGAGGAAACAGUGUCGCUCAUCAAGAGGAAUGCAGAGAGGCCAGUGCUGGUGUGUUGACGAGAAAGGAUCAAAAAUUUCAUCCCGUAAAAGAAAUGAUGGAACUAUCUCAUGUAACAGUGUCUGAGAACUUGUAAAUCUGGACCUGAAAUGUGUUUAGGAAGGACUGAGAGAGAGCCAGCGACAGAGAUGACAUACACUGAGAACUCUAUGACCACAAUCCUUUACAAUCCUUCAUCUCCCUCUGGUUGUGACAAAUAUGUUUGCAGCAUUAUGUGGCAUUAAUUUUGAUGCAUAAAUCUGCCAGAACAGUUACAGUUACUGAAUUAAAAACAUUUCUUCUUUUUCUUUUAGAAUAAUAAUUUUAGUUUGUUAUAAAUCCUUUUAAUCUUGUUAAAUGGUUGAUGGAAAUAUAUAAAGAUGUCAUCUCCCAUUAAUGUGCUGUAUGUCUAGACUGAAUAAGAGCUAUGCAGUAAGAACAAAUGACAGUGAAUAUAAUUAUUUUUUUUUUUUUUUCAAAUUACAUAAUAUAUUUAUGUUGCCUAUAUAACUCCUUAUAUAUUAAUAUAUAUAAACUGUCCUUUCUUUUGACAUAACUAUAUAUAUGAAGACUUCAGAUGCAAAAGCCUCUAAGUGCCGUCUGAAA